GUGGAAUAAACAAGACUGUUUCUUUUUGAACAAGCAUAUGCAAGGUUGCGUAGGAGAUUGUGGCGUAAUAGAAUAGCAAAAGAAAUGGCACAGAAUCAACAACGUUUCCUCAAACAAGAAACAGGGAUGGAAAGGCAAGAACCAUUACUUUGCGCCCUUGAACAUCAUUCAAGCUGGAAAGUUUCACUGCUAAGCAACAAACUUAUGCUGAUCACAUUAGCUGGAGUGUUCUUCGGUGUCAUAGGAGGCUUUACACUACGACUGUUUGAUUUGUCCGCGGAAUCUGUUAUGUUAAUUGCCUACCCUGGUGAGCUGUUCAUGCGAGUUCUGAAACUUAUGAUCCUUCCCCUCGUGAUAGCAAGCCUUAUAAGUGGUUCUUCCAGCUUGAAUGCCAAACUUAAUGGAAAAAUAGCUCUUCGAACCUUCGUCUACUUUCUUACCACAUCACUACUCAAUGCAAUUCUUGGCACGGUACUGGCGCUUAUCAUUCAUCCAGGCAAUUCAAAUUUAGAGAAACCUAUAGGAGAUUCUUCUAUCACCAAACACAAGGCUGUGAGUCUUAUGGACAGCAUUCUGGACCUUGGGCGAAAUUUAAUUCCCGAUAACAUAUUUCAAGCUGCCUUACAACAAGCCCACACAGUUUAUGUUCCCAAGGCAAGCUUGUUGUCGACAAACGAUAGCGAUUCUUCCUCAAGUAUUAUUACAACGAUAUCACCAAUGAGUCCUGAUGUGUGGUCUGAUCAAAAAGUGGAAUGGACCCGCAUCAUAGAAUACCGGGCGGGUACAAAUUCUCUGGGUAUCGUUUUUUUUUGCUUGGUUUUCGGAACCCUCCUUGGAACAAUUGGGAGGAAAGGAUAUGUGGUAAUACAGUUUUUUUCCGCUAUAUUCGAAGUAAUUAUGAAGAUGGUUACGGGAGUCAUGUGGCUUACACCCAUCGGCAUCAGCAGUGUAAUAGCCGGAAAAAUAUUGAGCGUCAACGCCAUAGGUUUCGUAAUGAGGCAAUUAGCUUGGUUUAUAUUUACGAUAGUUUUCGGUGUGUUUCUCUACCAGUGGGUUAUCCUGCAGGCAAUAUACUUUAUAUUUUUGAGAAAAAACCCAUUCAAAUUUUACCUAGGGCUAAUGCAGCCUAUAUUAACUGGUUUCGCGACAGCAUCUACGGCCGCGGCACUUCCUUUAACAUUUGAAUGCAUGAACGAGCGCCUCAAGAUUGACUCUCGCAUUACACGUUUCGUUCUUCCGAUUGGGUGUAAUAUCAAUAUGGACGGAACAGCUCUUUUUAUAGCAGUAGCGUCAAUCUUCAUUGCGCAGAUGAGCAACAUGACGCUCAACGUUGGGCAGGUGGUCACUGUUAUUCUUACUUCAACGGCUGCAUCAAUGAGCUCUGCUAGUAUUCCUUCGGCAGCGCUUGUUUUACUACUAAUUGCCCUGUCUGCAAUAGAUGCACCUAUUAACAAUGCCACGCUUCUCUUUGCGAUUGACUGGUUCGUCGAUCGAAUAAGGACAACAAAUAAUCUUCUGGGUGAUUGUUAUGCUGCAGCUAUUGUUGAACAUCUAUCUCGUUAUGAACUACAAAACAUCGAAUCCGACUUAUUUUGUAAUGAGGCAGAUGUGAAUUCGGACCAUCAGUGUGAUACAAAUUUAACUGGCAAACGCAACUCUUCUUUUCCAAAUUCUGUGAAUUUAAAUGUAGAAAUUUCCGGUCCCACUUCAAUCGCAUAGUGUGAGUUAAUUACGAACAAUAAUAAUUAAAAAAUAAAACAGAAACAGAAAAUGUGGGUUUUGU